AUGUUACAAACCUCACAAUCGGGCGAGAAGCCUUUUUUUUUCCUGUUUCUGAGUUGGGAAACGUUUUUCCGCGGAAGUACUGUCUUUCCAGACAUCAGAGAGCUCACACGGGCGAAAACAUGUAUACUUGCCCUGAGUGUGGAAAAUAUUAUAUACAGAAAUCAGACCUUGUUAAUACAUCUAAUACUAAGAUCUCACACGGGGAGAGGCCAUAUUCCUGCCUUGAGUGCGGGAAAUGUUUUUCAGAUAAGAAUAGCCUUACCAGAGACACAAGAGAGAUUGCACAUGGGUGAGAAGCCGUAUUCCUGUCCUGAGUGUAGAAAAUGUUACGUGCGGAAAUCAGAACUUGUCAGACAUCAAAAAUCUCACAAAGGAGAAGCCGUGAGUUCGGAAAUGUUUUUCAAGGAAGUCUUAUCUUACCAAACACCACAGAAAACCCACACAACCCUCGAGCUGUAA